AUGUCAUUUAAAAGAUCACGGGAUGUGUUUGAAGAGGACUCUCUUCAGUCGUCGCAUUCUCCUUUUGUUUUUUAUGGCACCCCAUUGCCGGCUGCGGAUCGCCAAUCCCGGGAUGAUGGCUCGUACGUCCCAGUUUGGAAACAAGAAGUGACUGAUGAACGCGGCCGGAAACGGCUCCACGGUGCAUUUACUGGUGGAUUCAGCGCAGGGUAUUUUAAUACUGUGGGUUCGAAGGAAGGAUGGACACCUUCAACGUACAUCUCCUCACGUCUGGAUCGCGCAAAGGACCGAAAACAGCCGGUCCAACAGCGUCCCGAAGAUUUCAUGGACGAAGAAGACCUUCGCGAAGCUGAAGAGGCACGGAAGCUGCACACUACAGACGAGUUUGCCGGUUUUGGGUCAACAGCAACGGAUCCGAAUAGGAAGGCUGGCCUUAUGGAUAUAUUUAGAGUGAGCGGGGAAACUAUGGGAGUGAAACUUCUGAAAAGGAUGGGCUGGAAAGAAGGCCAGGGAGUCGGGCCAAAAGUCAGGCGAAGGGCCAAUUUACACGACGGAGUUGAUGAUAGUGAUCAGACCUACCUCUUUGCCCCCGAAAAUUCGCCGAUGAUAUCGUUUGAUCGGAAAGAUGACUAUAAAGGAAUUGGUUUUCAAAGAGAAUCUCGGUUACAAUAUUCGUCAAGGUCGAAGCGGGAAAUAAGGUCGGACGAUGAAGAUGGUGGCGCAGGGACGUUCAGCGGCCCAAAUCUGUCACUAGGUAAAAUGGCAGCUAAUAAAAAAAACAAGUUUCCAAAACGAGGUGGGUUUGGGGUUGGCAUACUCAAUGACACAGGCUCAGAUGAGGAAGAUCCCUACGAAAUGGGGCCCCAACUUUCUUAUAAUAGAGUCCUCGUGGAUGACCGAAAAUCAAAAGAAUCGAGACCUGCGAUCAGGUCCUCCAACCCUCUCUUAGACAAAAAGCCUGUUUUUAUUUCGAAAAAGGCAGCAGCAGAGAAAGCAAAACCGGGGUUUCGAAAAUGCUACGAUGGUCGCUUUCCAAUUGAUGGUUUCCUGCUGGGGAAUCGCAUGUCGGCGUUGUCUCUAUCCACGGAUGCCAUUAAAUAUGCACCUCCCGAGGUUCCUGCAGACUGGAAAUCCUCUAAACUGCAGUCUGUUGCCAGCGAUGUUGCUGGCUAUAUAUCAGUAGCAGAGGCCGCAAAAUCCUCAACCCUGGACCCUAAAUCAAGAGCCGCCAUUCUUGGUGAAGCCCAGCUUCCCGGGAAGUCGGUAUUCGAUUAUAUAACGCCUGAGGGCCGGGAGAAACUGGUGAAAAUCACGGGGAGGACCGACCUACCACCCGCUUUAGGCGAAGGGCCACCCAAAGGUUUCGAGAGGUCGGAGUCUCAAAAACAAAGAGACUUGUGGAAUCUUGUUCCCCGUCUUGACAAAGAAACUGCGAUACAAGCACUUAACCGUGGUGCCAGUGGGUGGAUGCCUUACUCGGAGGACAAGUCCAAGCGAGAUCGCUAUCGCGCAUUCCUUGAGAUUCAAGCUGGGUUGACGGACAACUUUCCACCUAAAUGCCCAGGAGCGUCAACUGAUGAUUGGUUAAAUGAGCUUAAUGAAUUCGCCCGCGCAGCAGAAGUGUUCAAACCCAUGUCUGGAUUGAUGGCUUCUCGGUUUACUUCGUCUACUUCCAGUACCCUUUCCCCGUCCAAUGGCGCAGAUCCAUCAGGGCCGUUACUCAGAAAAACAGAGAAGAAACCAGAAGACCCGGCAGAAGCGGCCGCAAAGUUGGGAAUGUAUGGUCCGAUGACCAGGAUAACCCUGCAAUUCUCCCCGACGCGGCUGCUGUAUAAACGAUUCAACCUUCGAUAUGCUCCAAGCAGGACAGAUUCUGGUUCCGGCAACGAUAAUGCCAAGGAGACGGCAGAAAUGGUGAAGGAGCGCAAUCUCGAGCUCGUUUCCAAAGAUACCAUGAAUGAACUGAUGAUGGAAUCCCAAAAUAAUGUAUCCAGCAUUCACCUAGGGAAGCUGCCGCAGGACCAGCCUCUUCCGGAGUUAAUUAAGAAACCGAUUGACCCGGACCGCAAUGAGGUGCUGGAAGCUGAGCGUCCUGGUGAUGCUGUAUUCAAAGCCAUAUUUGGUAGCGAUGAUGAAGACGGCGAUAGCUUUGACUAA